AAGCUGAAAGAAAAAUUAAAAUGUAUAUAUUUUUAGAAUAAUAAUAAUGCUUUUAAGCAGAGUAAAUCGUCAAGCAUAAUUUAUGGUUUGUUUCUUGAGAUCAAGCUAUUUCACUUUACCUUACACAUGGCUGACGACUCCUCUCUACAGGCAGGCAAAGAAGACGCAGAGUUGCAGGAUGAGGAGGAGCCGCCGUGCUUACCUGUUGACAUGUGUUAUAAUUACGAGGAGCUUCACUCCAAGCCAUUCAUCACACCCGAGUCUGACAUUCCAGAGAACCUCCUGUUCCUCUCUCAUUCGUAUGGCUACGACAGUGGCCGCAGAGCAAACCUGCAGCUGCUGGAUGACAAAACUUUGGUCUUCAUUGCUGGCCAGCUGCUCAUCCUGCUUGACGUUUGCACCAAGCAGCAAAGGUACCUGCGCUCCUGCAGCGGUGGCGGAAUUGGUGCCAUCGGGGUAAGCCAUAAGAAGGAUUAUUUAGUGGUGGCAGAAAAGGGAAAAAAACCCAUCCUGAUAGUAUUUAAAUAUCCUUCACUACAAGCAUACCGUAUCUUGAGAGAUGGUACAGAUCUUGCAUUCAGCUCUGUGAACUUUAAUAGUGAUGGCAGUCUUCUGGCCAGCCUGGGCAGCGCACCUGACUACAUGCUGACAGUGUGGAACUGGAAGCAGGAGGAGGUGAUGCUCAGGUGCAAAGCCAUUUCUCAGGAAGUUUACAGAGUGAGCUUCUCCCCGUACAACCCUGGCCUACUGACGUCAUCGGGAUCCGGACAUAUCAAGUUCUGGAAAAUGGCCAGCACAUUUACAGGUCUGAAAUUGGAAGGACUUAUCGGCCAUUUUGGAAAAACUGCAGCUACGGAUAUUGAAGGCUACAUCGAACUUCCCGAUGGAAAGGUGUUGUCUGGCUCAAACUGGGGCAACCUGCUGCUAUGGGAUGGAAAUGCGAUCAAAGUGGAGAUCUGCAGCAAGGGAGGGCAUUGCUGUCACGCAGGCGUCGUCCAACCGUUCGCCUUGGAGGAUGGACAGCUGAUGACGUUCGGCUCCGAUGGAAUGAUCCGGGGGUGGGACUUUGAGACCAUCGACGCCGCUGACAGCAGCAGUGAAAACAGCAAGUUUGAGUUGGAGCCCAUCAACGAGAUGGCGGUGGGGCGCCACGUUUGCAUCUUUUCAAUCGUAAAAAGCGCCCAGGCCGACUCGACCGUUUGGUUUGCGCAGGAUUCUAAUGGAGCCAUUUGGAAAGUGGAUCUUUCAUUUACGUACGCGACUCCCGAUCCCGUGUGCCUGUUUUCCUUCCAUGCCGGGCCAAUCAACGGCCUCGAUGUGUCAAAGAAUAGUCAUCUCAUGGCCACGACCGCUUCGGACCGUUCCGUCAGAGUCUUUGACUUCCUGGCAAAAACAGAACUGACCUGUAGCUGCUUCACUCAAGGUGGAACUGCUCUCCAUUGGGCUCCGCCUUCGGUGACUCAGACUGGAAAUUUACUGGUGACGGGCUUUGAAGAUGGAGUCGUGCGCUUACUGGAGCUUUAUGACCCCACGGGCCUUCAAAUCGUAACCAGGCACAAAGUGGAGGCCCAGCUGCGCCUCAAGCAAGCCUUCAAGCCCCAUAACGCCCCAAUCACAACGGUUGCGUAUGAACGCAAUGGAACGGUCUUGGCCACGGGGAGCUCAGAUUGCACCGUGUUCUUUUUCACUGUUGGGGAAAAAUACGAGCCAAUUGGUUUUAUCUGUGUUCCCGGGCCAGUACAAUUGCUGGAGUGGUCACCUCCUUCCCAUCCUGAAAACAAUCUGCUCAUCCUGUGUCGAAGUGGUCAUGUCGUGGAGGUGCCGUGUCCUGACCCCCAAGCCCUGGAGACGGCCAAUUCCUUCCAACUGCUUGAACUGCCCAGAAAAACCUUCCGCUUCAAAAGCAUCAAAUCUCGAAUCAAGAGAGAAGAGGAAAUAGCGAGACGACAAGCACUGAAGGAGCAGCGACAGAAGGAACGCAAAGAAAAAGAAAUCCCAGACGACGAAGAGGAAGAAGAAGAAGAAGAGGAGGAGUUGCCCCGGAUUUACAUCCCUGAACCUCCGAGUCCUCUUUAUUGGGGUUUCUUCUCAGAGCCCGGCAAAUUCUGGCUCUCGGUUGGAGGAUUUGACGCGGGUUACCUGUACCAUUGUAAGUUUUCUGAGGAUCAAGAUGAGACUUGCGAAAAACGACCGGUUGAGCCUUUUGAUUUCCUGGCCAUCCAUAAUGCGGACCGCGACCCCAUUCGUUCACUCACCUUCAGCUCCAACAGGCAGCUGAUGCUGUGCGGCAUGCACUCGGGCUCCGUCCGGGCUUACCCUCUGGAUCCCGACGAUGGCGCCCUCACCUCCAUGCAGGCGUACUGGGAACUGAGCGUCCACGACAGCAAUUACGGACACCUGCGGCACAUCUGUUGCAGCCACGACGACCAGUUUGUGCUGACGGCGGGAGACGAUGGGAACAUCUUCUCCUUCGGCCUGCUUCCUCACGAGGAGCUGCAGAAAAGCUUGAAGAAGAAAAAGGCAAAGGUUCCGUCACCGAGGGUGGGUCUGGAGAAUGAAGUGUUAGCCAAAGACAUUGACGAUCCAGCAGCGUACAGCAUCGAGACGGCCAAACAGAAGCUAGAGAAAGACCGCCAGCGUCGGGAAGCCGAUGAGAAGAUAUUGGCCAAACGAAAAAGGCUUGCUGCGCUCCAGAGCACCUUUAAAAUACUUCUGAGUGACAACCUCAGCCUGCCUGAGAAAAUUCAAUUAACUCCUGCGGAACUGCUGCUGGACCAACGUUUCGAAGAGCAAGCCGAGAGAGAGAAGAUCCGGCGAUUAGACGAAAUCCAGUACCAGAUGAGUUGGCGGGAGGAGCAUUCCCAUUUAUCACUCAAAAAGCUGCAGGACUGGUUCAGUAGUUCUUCAGAACCGAACAUCGUGACAGUCUUCGCCAUCCGCAGCGACCACAGCAUCUCCACCUACCGUAUCCCGAGUAUUUCUUCAACUCUGCUCAAAGAGGAAAGCGGUUCAAGUCACGGCGGCGUUAAAGGAACGGCUCCGGUUGAUGAACACGACGUAUCCAGAGACCAACCUGAAAAAGACAGCAGUGAAACAGACGAGGAAGAUGCGCCUCCUCCCUCGGUGCCUCGCGCUGGUGUGCAGCCUGCAGCAGACCGGCAGGUGGAAAGGCUCCAGAAAGCCGCGGAGAAAGCUGAACAAGCACGAGCCAAGAUCGCAAAGAGGAAGCAGGAGUGGGACAAACUUUAUGCGGAGAAGCCGCAUAAGGACUGCGAAGAUCCACGAGACGUGCAGGCCAUCUGCGAAGCCAGAGAGACCAUUGGAGACUUGAAACUGAAAACCGACAAGACCUUCACCGUGCCAAAACAUCUACGAAUGAGCGCGGAUAGAAAGAAAGUUGAGAUGAUCAACCUGGAGGACAAUAUCCGUGAAAAACAAACCGAGAUGAACCGGGAGAUCGUGGCCUUGCGGGAUUUCAAACUUCUCCUUCUAUCAAAACUGGCCGCCCAGUCGAAACAGCUCCAGAAAGUCCAGAGUUGCUUACCGUCCGAGCUCCACCGCCAUCCGGCCGCGCCGCCCGCCAUACGAUGCGAGGAAGUGCCGGAGAAGAGCCUGCAAUGCACCCGAGCUCUUCUCGAGAGAUACGGCGUGCUGAGAGAGAAAAGGUCGAAGGACAAAGAGGAAGAGGAUGAAGAGAGCGGGAUGAGUGUGCUGGAUGAGCUGGAAAAGGAGAUGGAAGGAACGGAGGAGAUAGAUGUCCUCGGUUUGUCCGCAGAGGAGGAAGCGGAAGGACUGAACGAGGAAGAGCUACGAAAUAUGGACCGGGACACCUUGCUCGACAUGCAAGACUUUCUUCUGGAGCAGAUGAAGAGCUCGGUGGAUCAAUUUGAUAAGGAGCACCUGAUGUGUCUGGAGAAGGUCCAAAUGUUGGACUGCAAGCUCAAACUUGGCAAUCUGCGUCAGUUGACGCUCUAUCAGGAGCUGCUGCUCCUCAAGGAGGUGGACAAGAGUGAAAGGAUUCUCCAGGACAAGCUGGACAAACGUCUGAGGGAGCAGAAUGAGUUGCUGUCGGAGCUGGAGAAGCACAGGAAGGCGCUGGAACUGAAACGCAAAGACAUUGCGAAACGGCAGGAGAAGGAGAAAUCCAACACGGCAGCCUUCCACGCCUUGCUGGGUGAUGACAACAACUUUGAAGAGUAUCUGACCAAAGUUUACAAGAAGAAGAUCAAGCGGAGCAAGAAGAAGGACCAAGGAAGCGAUGAGGAGGACGAGGACAGCAACGAUGACUUUGACGAUUACGAAAAUUGGGACGACGAUGACGACGACGAUUGGGACGGAUUAGAUGGAGAUGGCGCUGUGGAGGAAUGCCCCCAGGGUUGUGACCAAAAACUGUUUGACGACAUACUGGAGCUGCGUGAACGUCGCCUGGAUCUGGAGGAGCUGCUGGCGGAGGAGAAGAAGAAUGCAGAGCAGCUGGAGAAGGAGUGUGACGCCCUCGUAAAAAAGAUGAAAUCCGUGAAAAUCAGUCUUAAGGCAGCGGAGGAUGACUUGGAGGAAGUCAACAGAGAGAAACAGCAGAAAAUGAACCAACUGGAUGUUGUAGUUCCUCUUCGGCUGCAUCAGAUAGAGAUCGAUAUCAGCGGUCAAGUGCCUUCGGACCUCAGCCCGGCAUUGGUGCUCACUCGGAUGGAGCUCCAACGGCUGCAGGAGCGAGUCAAGGAGUUGGAGGUGGAGAAAAAUCAGCAGACAGAGGUCUACCGUCAGGCCCGUCAGCAGCAUAUCAGGCUCAUCAAAGAACGCAAGGACAUGAGCAAUGAGAUCGAGUCGCUGGAGAAGCUGUGUCACCAGCUGAUGAUGACGAGGUUUGGGAGGGAAGUAGAUAUGGAGGUUCUGCAAACGCUGUGCGUCAACAAGUCGGUCGCCGAGAUGAAGCAGGAAAAAAUCUUGCGAGACCUCGCCAACGCCAAAGAUAUCCAACAAUGGGAUAGAAAAGUACAAAAGUCUCGUGACGCUCUCGUGGUGAUGACAAGGAGCAACUCGGAGCGUCUCCUCUGCUUGAAUAGCCUCUUUGAACAGAAGAAGGAGCUGGAGAUGAAACUUUACACAAGACAAAAGAAAAUCGGCAAGCAGCUUCAGGCCUGCAGCAGGCGAGCAGACAGAGACCAGAUCUGGAGUCUUCAGGAAUUGGUGAAAAAACAAGCUGAGCAGAUCGAGAAGCUAUCCGACGAGAUCAGCCAACUUGGGCCUACUGGAGGACACAUGCUUUCCACUGGCCACGCUCAUCUACCGCCGCUCCCUCCUCUGUCCAAUCCCACAGUACAUAAACGCACCAGAAAACGAGGAAAACUCGUACCAGGUUUCAAGGAAGAUGACACGACUGAAAGUGACAUCACUGACUAAGAACUGCAAUCACCUGCUAAUACUUUUUCUCAUUGGGCUUGCUGUUGGAAGCAAAUCACUACCUCGGGCUGCUGCUCAGCAGUAGACAAAGAAAUGACACGACAAGAGGACCACCUGUUAUAUUUAUAUUUAUAACAACAGAAUUCCACAAAUAAAUGGCGAGCUCACGAAAAAGUGGUCAGACCUGAGCAGA